AUGGGUUCCGACGGCGGGGGGGGUGCGCCGCGGCCGGCGGCCGCCGCGGGCGCGUUCGAGGCGGCGAGGAAGGCGCGCAUGGUUCAGAUCCACAACAAUUUGAUGUCAGCUUUGUGGCGGAAGGACUUCUGCAAAGCCCUGGAACUGGUUGAAAUGGACGAAUCUGAUCGCAACAGUGGCACGGAAAGCUCCGAGGGGGAAGAAAAUUCCACCGAUGAGGACAAUGACGACGACGACGCCACUGACGAGACGCAGUCAUCCGACGAUAGCGUGGCAAGUGCGGAUGUACGGGCCCUCGUUUAUUCCAUGGAUGACUUGAACAGAAUUCAAUUUGAAAUUUGA